AAUAGUCUGUUCUUUACUCUCCUCAAGCUCGGCGCAGGGUCCCGGCAGGGCUCAGCUUCCCACCCCAGGACCAAGGCUGCUGCAUUAAAAUGCAGGAAACUGACACAAGCUAAAGCUGUCAGUCAUAAGCUGGGCCCCUUCCCCUUUCCCUUGCCCUGGGCUUGGUCUGCUUUAAACUUGCCCAGUGUGGCUCUGUGGGGCGCUCAGAGUAGGUUUGCACUCACCACCUACCCGCUCUACACCCUAGCCCCUUCUCUCCACGUAACUUUGACGCACAACAUUAACCCUGAGACUAGUGGAGGUGGCUGCAGUGUGAGCCUGGCCAGCCUCCUGCUCUGGAAACAGACAACUGAUCAUGAGGAAAAUCUCUGAGUCGGGUCAAGAGUGUCAAGCAGGCUCCGUCUCCGCUUCCCAGGCAGCUUCAACUCUGGAGGGGAUGGGGCGAAAGGAGGAGGAGGACUGCAGCUCCUGGAAGAAACAGACCACCAACAUCAGGAAAACCUUCAUCUUCAUGGAAGUGCUGGGAUCAGGAGCUUUCUCAGAGGUGUUCCUGGUGAAGCAGAGGGUGACUGGGAAACUUUUUGCCCUGAAGUGCAUCAAGAAGUCACCAGCCUUCCGGGACAGCAGCCUGGAGAAUGAGAUUGCUGUGUUGAAGAGGAUCAAGCAUGAAAACAUUGUGACCCUGGAGGACAUCUAUGAGAGCAUCACCCACUACUACCUGGUCAUGCAGCUUGUUUCUGGAGGGGAGCUUUUUGACCGGAUCCUAGAGCGCGGUGUCUACACAGAGAAGGAUGCCAGCCUGGUCAUCCAGCAGGUGUUGUCUGCAGUGAAAUACCUCCAUGAGAACGGCAUCGUGCACAGAGACCUGAAGCCUGAAAACCUGCUGUACCUCACCCCUGAGGAGAACUCCAAGAUCAUGAUCACUGACUUCGGUCUAUCCAAGAUGGAGCAGAACGGAGUCAUGUCCACGGCUUGUGGAACCCCAGGCUAUGUGGCUCCAGAGGUGCUAGCACAGAAGCCCUACAGUAAGGCUGUGGACUGCUGGUCCAUCGGUGUCAUCACCUACAUAUUGCUGUGUGGCUAUCCCCCUUUCUACGAGGAAACGGAAUCAAAGCUUUUUGAGAAGAUCAAAGAAGGCUACUAUGAGUUUGAGUCUCCGUUCUGGGAUGACAUUUCUGAGUCAGCCAAGGACUUUAUUUGCCAUCUGCUGGAGAAGGACCCAAAUGCACGGUACACCUGUGAGAAGGCCCUCAGACACCCCUGGAUCGAUGGGAACACGGCCCUGCACCGGGACAUCUACCCAUCUGUCAGCCUCCAGAUCCAGAAGAACUUUGCCAAGAGCAAGUGGAGGCAAGCCUUCAACGCAGCCGCAGUGGUGCAUCACAUGAGGAAACUACACAUGAACCUGCACAGCACCAGUGUCCGCCAAGAGGUGGAGAACAGGCCGCCUGUGUCCCCAGCCCCUGAAGUCUCCAGACCAGGCUCCCAUGACAGCACCAUCACAGAGGCCCCCAUCCUGGACCCAACCACACCCCUUCCUGCCCUGACCCAACUGCCCUGCCCGCACAGCUCACGGCCUUCAGCUCCUGGUGGCCGCUCACUCAACUGCCUGGUCAACGGCUCUCUGCGAAUCAGCAGUAGCCUAGUGUCCAUGCAUCAGGGCCCCCUAGCCACUGGGCCCUGUGGCUGCUGUUCCAGCUGUCUAAAUAUUGGAAACAAGGGGAAGUCGUCCUAUUGCUCCGAGCCCACCCUCUUCAGAAAGGCCAACAAAAAACAGAACUUCAAGUCAGAAGUCAUGGUGCCACCAGUGAAAGCCGGUGGCAGCUCCCACUGCCGGGCCGGGCAGACUGGGGUGUGUCUCAUCAUGUGAUCCCAGGAGCCCAUGCAGUUUUCAGGAGACUUGCCUGGCUCUUCUCUGUCUUUCUAAGCUGGCAUCUGCCCUGAGGAGGAGAACAGAGGGCAAUGGAGCAGGGCUAGCCGGAGCGGCAUCGGAGCUGAAGUAUCAGGGCUGUUGCUGCCUGGGGCGCACACUCACACGAAGUUCAG